UUGUUUACUUAUAACUAAGUAACUAAAUGAUAUAAAGAAUUCAUAAUUUAUAUUUGCAUUUCACAUUUGACGAGAUAUUCAUAAAAUAUAAUUUUGAUUAAUCAUAUUUAAUUCGAGUAUCUACUUUUCAUUGUUUAUUAAAAGUUUGUGGCAUUUAUCAAACCUAUUCUAAUAGCAAGCAAUAUUGAACAAUUGUUUAAAUUUCUUGAUUUAUCCAAGAUGAAGGUUUGGAAUUCCGUUCCAAAAGCAGGGACAUGGACGGCAGCAUCGUGUAUGUUUAUUCAACGGUUCUUAGAAAUCGUUUCUAUAUUCCUACUAGACAACCAACACGUCAUCAUGUGUCUCACCGUCUCGUUUAUGACUAGCUGGACAAUAAUAUUAUAUUCCACGACCAACAUUUGGCUGCUAUACGUGGCACGUCUGAUCACCGGAUCCGUCAUAUUAAUUUUCACGUCUUCAUUACCGGUGGAAAUGGUCGGUCGGCGAGAAUUUUUAUUGAUAUCCGAUUUCGUCAUGGCCCUGUGUCUCGGCACUCUGGGCUUUUAUUUCUGGCAGCAGGGACAUGAAGUUGACGUCUCAUCGUACAACCUCAUACCUUUUAUCAGUCUCGGAACGUACAUUUUUAUGUGCACACUGGGAUCCGAUCCAAUACCAAGAGUUAUGAUCAGGAAUGUGCUCAAUCCAGAACGCAUAGGUUUUGCGAUCGGAAUCGUGUGCUUGUGCGCUUCACUCGUCCAACUCUGCGUCGUCAAGACGUACCAAGUAUUGCUUGAUACAACUCGUGGUUACGAGCUCACGGACAUGGAGACUUUUAAACGUCGUUUCGCCGCCGUUUUUCCGCCGUCGGGCGUUCCGGACUCACCCAAGUCCCUCGAAGUCGCUGUCUCCGACGCGCCUCGGACAAUUGACGAGCACCUCCCGGCGCUCGAGGACGCCGUCCGGUCACUCUCGGCCGAGUUCGCGCCAUUCACGUUUAACCACGUGCUAACAAACCGGGCGCCAAUAGUUCAAGCACCAACAAACCAGGCGCCAACAGUUCAAGCGCCAAAAGUUCAAGCGCCAACAAGUCGCGCACCGCCAAUUGACACCUCUGCACCAACCCGUACAGUCCCCAAGUCGUGGUGUUACUAUCACACUCGGUUCGGCAAAGACGCGCAUAAGUGCUCAAGCGACCUUUGUACGUUUUAUCCCAAAAUAUCGACUAAAAAUAAAACAUUUAAGAAGUCAUAUACGUCUGGUAACCCAUCGAAACUUAACUACCGAUACAAUACUUGGACAGAUUUUUAGAAUUCUCAGACUUAAAAAUACUUUUCCGGGUUUUCUUUCUUCAAUACUAAAUUGAUAUCUAUAUUGUAAAUUGUUAUAUUAAUAAAACAAAACUUAUCAAGAAAAUAUAA